AUGAGCAAAUUUUCCCCGAAUGCGGACUACAAGACGGUUCUGAACCGGCUAAAGAACGACUUUGAGAAAAAAUGGAAGGAGAAAAAGAGUUCGGAUGCCGAGCAGCUGAAGGAGUACGAAGAUAUUCGUGUUUUGGGAAGUGGAGCAUUCGGAGUUGUUAAACUCGUUAAGCACAAAACAUCUGGCAAAUAUUUCGCGAUGAAGUAUCUCUCAAAGGAAAAGGUUGUUAAAAAUAAGCAGAUUGCACACACACUGCUGGAGAAACAGGUACUUAAAUGCAUUGACUUUCCAUUUUUGGUAUCGCUGGAACACGCAUUCAAAGACAAUACGACGUUGUAUUUGUUACUGCCGUUCGUCAAUGGAGGCGACAUGUUCAGUGUGCUGCGAAAGUACGGAAAAUUCUCGGAGAGUCAUGCACGUUUUUAUGCCGCCCAAGUCGUUCUUGCCUUUGAGUAUUUGCACCAUCUAAAUCUCAUUUAUCGCGAUUUGAAGCCCGAGAAUAUCCUAAUUGACCAUUUGGGCUAUUUGAAGAUCACGGACUUUGGGUUUUGUAAAAUGGUCGAGACAAGAACGUAUACGUUGUGUGGCACACCCGAAUAUUUGGCGCCGGAGAUAAUUCAAAGCAAGGGAUAUGGUAAAGCAGUGGAUUGGUGGUCUUUUGGGAUACUUUUGUACGAAAUGAUUGCCGGUUACAGUCCUUUUUACACAAAUAAUCCCGAUCCAAUGGCAUUGUUUGACAAAAUCGUUAGUGGGAAAUAUCGCUUCACCUCAGCGUUCACGUCGGAGUCGAAGAGCUUAGUGACCAAUUUACUCCAAACCGACAUUACUCGUCGUUAUGGCAACCUCAAAAAUGGCGUGCAAGACAUCAAGGGACACAUUUUCUUCAAGCCAACCAAAUGGAUCGCCCUGCUGAACCGCGAGGAGACCGCUCCAUAUGUACCAAAAAUCUCCGGCGAGGGAGACUACUCGAACUUUGACGCGUGCAAAGACGACAUACAACCGAAGAUCCGGAGCAAGUGUCAAUACGAAAAAGAUUUCCUCGACUUUUAA